AUGUCUAUCCCAUUCGUCCUGAUUGUGGGCGCUGGCCCUAGCGGUCUGCUCCUUGCACUCCUGCCAGGUAAAAAAGGAAUCCCCGUGCGGCUUCUGGAAGCCGCAGACUCCCUUGAUGACCGUCCUCGCGCUGCCCAUUAUUCCCCGCCUGCUGUGUACGAGCUGCGCCGUGCGGGAAUCAUGGAAGAUAUGGAAGCAGCGGGAUCGUUCCGGCCGAAUGGAGCGUGCUGGAGGAAGCUGACUGGAGAGUUUCUGGCGGCUGUCUCUGCUUCUGGAGCAGAAGAUGGAAAUCAGACGCCGUUGACCUGCCUUCCGCUAAACAAGCUGAACGUGGUCCUUCAGCGACAUAUCGACCAACUACCCCAUGUGGAGAUCUUGCAUUGUCACAGAGUCACUGGGCUAGGCCAGGAUGAUGCCAAGGCAUGGGUAAACGUUGAAACCCCGAGCGGCCUGCAAACAUUGGAAGCGCAAUACAUCGUUGGGUGCGACGGCGCAAACAGCCAAAUUCGUCGCUCUUUAUUUGGGGAUAGGGAAUUCCCCGGGUUUACCUGGGAUAAGCAGAUCGUUGCCACCAAUACGUACUAUCCCUUCGAGAAGCACGGGUUUGAUUGGGAUUCCAAUUUUAUCAUCCAUCCGGAGCACUGGUACAUGGCAGCUAGGAUCUCCAAUGACGGACUCUGGCGCGUCUCCUACGGCGAGGUGGCGGGCCUCAGCUUCGACGAGCUGAAGGCUAGACAGCCAGAGAAAUUCAAGGCCUUCUUACCGGGUAAUCCUGACCCUGGUGAUUACAAGGUUGUCAAUUUUAGUCCUUAUAAAGUCCAUCAGCGUCUUGUUAAGAAAAUGAGGCUCGGCCGGUUCCUCUUAGCUGCCGAUGCGGCGCACUUAUGCAACCCCUUCGGCGGUCUAGGAUUGACGGGGGGAAUCGUGGAUGUGGGAGGUCUCUACGACUGUCUAGCAGGUAUAUAUACUGGACAAGCCGAUGACAGCAUCCUCGACAUUUACUGCAAUGUCCGGCGUUCGAAGUAUAACGAUAUCAUAAACCCGGUUUCGACCAGUAACAUCUGUCUUCUGUUUGAACAGGAUCCGGAGACAGCGCUCGAGGAUAGCGAAUUUCUGAAAAUGUGCAAGAAGGCCCAGACGGAUGAUGCAGUUGCUGCUUUACAGAGGAAGGGGCUGGAGGCUCUGCAGUAUGAUUUUACGCAGCAUUACCGGAAAUGA